CCGAGCGUGGCCUUAGCAACGGCCCGCCCCGAGCGCCCGCAGCCGGGAAGGGGAGGGCAGCUGUUGCGAGGCGCGGGGGAGCGGGUUGGGGACAUGGCAUCCAGCCAUCGAACAACUUUAGACCAAUGGAAGAAGAAAGCAGCAAAAGUUGAAUUGAAUGAUGUCAAAAAACAAGAAAUAAAAGAGGCCUUUGACUUGUUCGAUGUUGAUGGGUCUGGAACCAUAGAUGUGAAAGAAUUGAAGAUCGCAAUGCGGGCCUUAGGAUUUGAGCCAAAGAAAGAAGAAAUUAAACAAAUGAUAGUGGAAAUCGACAAACAAGGAACUGGCACCAUUGGCUUUGAAGACUUUCUUGCCAUUAUGAGUGUGAAAAUGAGUGAAAAAGAUGAGAAGGAAGAAAUACUGAAGGCUUUUAAAUUAUUUGAUGACGAUGCUACUGGCAGCAUAUCACUAAAUAAUAUCAAGAGGGUUGCCAAGGAACUAGGGGAAAACUUAACAGAAGAUGAAUUGCAGGAAAUGCUCGAUGAAGCAGAUCGUGAUGGGGAUGGAGAGAUCAACGAGGAAGAGUUUUUGAGGAUGAUGAGGAAGACCAGUCUUUAUUAGCUCUGCUUCCUGCCUUCUAGGAAGUUUUGACAGCUUGCCUGUUAAGCAGUUCAAUAAUGUAAUACUUCAGCUCAUGCAUUUCCAUUUUUAGUUUAUACACUAAGGUUACCCUUGGUCUAAUCCAUGUAAGAAGUUAUGUGUCCCUACCAGUGUUAUUAAAUCUGUAAUAGCAAGAAUUUAAAAAGCAUGGCUUAUUUGAACCUUGAACUCCAAAAAAGUAUUUUCCUGUGCUAAGUUUAAGGCUCUACAUUCCAAAGACAUUUUAAAUUUCUUUUUCAAUUUAAUAAACUUGGCUCCCACAUUCAAAUGAAAUUGUUUGUAAAAAGUCUGAGAACAGUAUUUUUUCAUUAUUUCCUUUUGUAUGACUUUAAAAAAUGGAUAAACUUGUUUUGUUAAUCAUUUCUUCAAAUAUAUAAAGUAUUAAUAAAGCUGACUGACAUUCA